AGAGCUGGACUGAGCAUACAAUCAUCCAGGAGACUAGGAGUGAAGCUGCUGUCAGCGGGACUGAAGGAUCCUCUCGGGAGACUGGACACUCUCAGGGUGGAGCCUGCUGGAGUCAGAUGGUUGACACCAGGUCUCAGGAAGUAUUCCUGUGAACUCACAGUCGACACCAACACGGUGAACAGGAACCUCAACCUGUCUGACAACAACAGGAAGGUGACAUGUGUGGAGGAGGAUCAGCCAUAUCCUGGUCAUCCAGAGAGGUUUGAGUCCUGGUCUCAGCUGCUGUGUAGAGAUGGUCUGACUGGUCGCUGUUACUGGGAGGUCCAGACCAGAGGAGGGGUUUAUAUAUCAGUUAGUUACAGAAGAAUCAGGAGGAGAGGAGACAGUAGAGACUGUGGGUUCGGAUGUAAUGAUCAGUCUUGGAGUCUGGUCUGCUCUGAUGAUGAUUACUAUGUCUGGCACAAUAACAGAGAGACAUCCGUCUCCUCCUCGCCUGUCUCUGAUAGAGUAGCAGUGUAUGUGGACUGUCCUGCUGGCUCUCUGUCCUUCUACACAGUCUCCUCUGACUCACUGAUCCACCUCCACACCUUCAACACCUCAUUCACUCAGACUGUCUAUCCUGGGUUUGGGUUCUGGUCUCCUGGCUCCUCAGUGUCUCUGUGUCCUGUGGAGGACAGAGAGUCUCCUCCUGUCUCUCACUGCUGAUCAGCUGAGUCUGGACAGGAUCCCCCUUCCAGGAAUAUGUAAGCUUAUUGUUAUGAACCAAUGAAUGAAAUGAUUCAGGAUGAUUGACCAGAUUCUCCGUGACCAAUGAGAACUUCUUCCACUUCUGGUCCUUUAAAGGUCCAGUGUGUAGCGUGUGGAGUUGUUCAUUAUCUUUUCAUCAAUAUUUACCGGGGUUAGCAACCAAACAAGGCUCAUUGACUUAGCUAUGGUGUCAUCAGCUCUUGGUACGAGUGUCUGUUUGGCACUUAUUGGGAUCCAGACCUUCUCAGGCUGGGACUCUACAAGUUCCUUUAAUGGCAAAGGCUAAAGAAAUACUUUUAUGUUGCUUGGAAGAAAGAGGAAUAUCUGAGUGCAUUUCCAAAUCUGGGUACCAGUUUUAACCUAGACAUGU